CGUUUUUCCUCAAAACAAUGCACAAAUCUGCCAGAUACUGCCCGCCCCCGCUCCCCUUUUCUGCGUAUAUCUAUAUCUAUAUCUCGCUAUAUAUAUAUACACAUCUAUAAUUUCCUUAAGACCAUGCUAUUUCAUCGAAACCUCAAACCUUCCUCUUCCCCUGUACCUUUCUUGUCCAAAAUCACACCAAGAAUCGAACCCCACGUAAUUUUUUCCCAUUCGGACCAUAACCCAUCUCUGAAUUUCCCCAAAAAUCCCUUUUCUCUCGCAUUCGCCCUCAGAUCCGUAGUUUCUAGACGUUUAAGUCAAUCAAAACGUUGCCCUUCAAAAUCUGCGUCUGAUUCUGCGUGGAUUUGCAAUAGAUUGUGUUUUGUUCAAUGUGGUUUAGAGAAAGGGUGUAGAGAAAAAGGGGUGUGGCUAUGGCGGGUCAGGUGGUGAGAGUGAAGAGGGAAACGCUUGAAGCAUGCAUGACGUGCCCUCUUUGUAAGAAGCUCUUGAAGGAGGCUACUACCAUAUCUCUUUGCCUUCACACGUUUUGCAGGAAGUGCAUAUAUGAGAAACUCUCAGACGAGGAGGUUGAUUGUUGUCCUGUAUGCAACAUUGAUCUGGGCUGUCUUCCUGUGGAAAAACUAAGGCCCGACCACAAUUUGCAAGAUAUAAGGGCGAAAAUAUUUCCUCUUAAGCGGAGGAAGAUUACUGCACCUGAAGUUUCGCCCUUGGCUUCAUUGCCCAUAAAAAGGAAGGAGAGAUCGCUAUCAUCAUUGGUGGUAAACACUCCCAAAGUGCCGAUGCAGAGUGGCGGCUUGACUGGAAGAAGAUCCAAGAACGUUGCAAGAAAGGGCGCUGCGUUACGUGGAUGUAGUUUUGGCAUUGAGGAACCCCUAAAGAAAGAAGAAGAUUCUGGAGAAGAUCAUUCAGCAAGUUCGAGCUCUUCCGAUUAUUUGAAUAAAACUGUUCGACACAGAAGGCAGGACUCAUCUAUGGCUGAGCCUUCGAACGGUCUAAGACACGAGGAUCUGGAAAACAACGUAGAAGCAGUAGAAGGAAAAGCUGAUCUCUGGACACCCUUGAAUUGUUUGGUUGAAGCUGCUAACCGAACGAAGUCUACCAAGCCAAAUUUCCAAGGGUCAUCAAUGGCCAAACUGGAACCGUCCUUUGUUGCUGAUGGCGACCUCGAUGCACAAGAAACUAAGGAGAAAGCGCUGUUACUUGGAGCUCCGAAUUACGGAUUAUAUAUGCCCAAAACAAGAACUAAGGAGCACGGAAGCAACUUUAAGGCAAAAGAUAACCAUAAUAAUGGAACCACAUCACUCCCAGAAUCCACGAAACGUAAAAGGUUGCGAGCAACUGCUCGUAACAAGGCAGCUGCAUCUGGUGAGCUAGGUUCUCAGGCACAGGUCGUUCUUGAUGCAUCAGCUGCUAAAUGUAGAAGAAACAAUCCAAUUUGGUUCACGUUAAUCGCCUCAGACGACAGUUUUAGGAAGGGCGGGUUUCCGUUGCCUCAAAUAUCAACGUCUUACUUGAGAAUAAAGGACGGGAAAAUGCCCGUGUCGUCUAUCCAAAAGUAUCUCGUAAAGAAACUAGAUCUUAAGAGCGAAGCCGAGGUGGAAAUAUCGUGUCGGGGACAGCCGGUGCUACCAACGCAGCAGCUACAGAACUUGGUUGACUUAUGGUUUCGAACAGCGUCGACAGCGAAGAAAAUUCCAGCAUCCGUUGGCUCAUCUGCUAAGGACUUUGUUAUGGUCCUCUCGUACUGUCGAAAAGUCCAGACCCCUUGACGAGCUUCUGAAUCGUGUUCUUGCUUCUGUACGUCGUCUACAUCUUGUAAUGUUUAAUGAGCAUCAAAAUCCGGACCCGAAGACUCCAGGUUCGUCAUAUUUGCGUGAACAUGCAGAUUGUUGUUAUAUAUCUGAAUUCUUUGAUUGGUUUUAUUUCAUUGGUAUACCCACAUAAUGAACAAUUGAUCCAGUGCUGUUUCCCAUUCCA